AACAUCAAAUACAGAUGAAGAGACAGACCCACAGAAUAGAGAUUAGAGGAAUAGAAGAGACAGAAGACAUGUCCAAAGUGUGGACCGCUCUCACAUGUCAGAAAGUCAGUGUGACUUUGAUGUUGGAACAAAUCACAAGAAGACAAAUCUGGGUAAGAAAUACGAGCAAUCUCCAAAAGAAGAGAGACUUUACUCUAUCAAUUCUGGUAAAAACUCAAGAAUAAUUACUAACCUGUCUGACUACAUGGAAACUGGGUCUGAUGAAAGAUGUUAUAUCUGUAAAGAAUGUGGUAAAAGCUUUGGUAACAAAUCUCUGUUUAGAAUUCAUGCAAGAAUCCAUGCAGAAGAUAAGGGAUUUUCUUGUAAAGAAUGUGACAAACGUUUUAGUCGUAAAACUAAUCUCAAAACACAUAUGAAAACUCAUACAGGAGAAAAGCCUUUUUCAUGUAAAGAAUGUGACAAAAGUUUUAAUCAAUUAUCUAAUCUCAAAACACACAUGAGAACUCACACAGGAGAAAAGCCCUUUUCUUGUAAAGAAUGUAAUAAAAGUUUUAGUCGUAUAUCUGGUCUCAAAAUACACAUGAGAACUCACACAGGAGAAAAGCCUUUUUCUUGUAAAGAAUGUAAAAAAAAAUUUAGUCGUAUAUUUAAUCUCAAAACACACAUGAAAACUCACACAGGAGAAAAGCCUUUUUCUUGUAAAGAAUGUAAAAAAGGUUUUAAUCAAAAAUCUAAUCUCAAAUCACACAUGAGAACUCAUACAGGAGAAAAGCCUUUUUUUUGUAAAGAAUGUAAAAAAAGUUUUAAUCAAAUAUCUUCUCUCAACAAACACAUGAGAACUCACACAGGAGAGAAGCCUUUUUCUUGUAAAGAAUGUAAAAAACGUUUUAGUCAAAUAUCUAAUCUCAAAACACACAUGAGAAGUUGUAAGACUUUUUCUUGACAAUGUAAGGAUUCAGUGUAAAUUUUAAAUUCUAAACUUAUCUAAAUAGGAGUUCGACCUCUCAACCUCUGUACCACAGCAAAAGACUUAACUUCAAGCGGAAAAAAUUCUGUAUUUCAGAAAAAUUAAACAUUUUAUUUCUAACUUCUGGGGUGAAACCCCAAUGUUCUAACGAAAUCCAUAACAACCUGAGCUUUCAUUUCAUGUACACUGACCCACAUGCUGAUGGCCUCCAUACCAUAUUGAUGCAAUAACUUGAUUAGAGGAAGGCACAAGCGAGUAUUGAAUGUUUAGAAAUGAUUUUAAAAAAUUACACUUUAGUUGUCCUUUGUCACGACAGCAGUUAGACUAUAGAAUGACACAGUGUAGAACUGCUGAAACUGCUGCUGUAUUUACUUAUUUAUUCAUGAAGUGUACUUUUACUUCCACUUUUAUUACUAUUUUAAUUUUUACCAUUUGUUUUUUUAACGGCUAUAUUUCUUGUUUGGCUGCUGUAUCAACUGAAUUUCCCUCCGGGGAUCAAUAAAGUCUUGUCUUGUCUUAUCCUGAC